AUGGCUCCACGAAAACCCACCUCCGAAGAGCAACAAGAAGAAUUACGCCAGAUGUUGGAAACGUUUACUAGUGGUCUACAUGAUGCACUCCUCCACGCCGUGGAACGUGCGUUAACUACGACCCAAUUGCAGAGAAUCAACCAUCGUCAUGAUAUUCAUCGAGAUAAUCAAGGAGAACACACUCGUCAAGAUACUCGUCUCGAUACUGUCCGCAACAACUCUGCGUCCCGCUGGGAAACAGGAUUCAGGCUUGAUAUUCCAGAGUUUUCGGGAUCUCUUAACCCUGAAGAGUUCAUUGAUUGGCUGCACAUGGUGGAAGAGUUAUUGGAGUUUAAACAGGUUCCUGAUGAGAUGCGAGUUGCCUUGGUUGCUACUCGUUUCAAAAGCCGUGCUAUGGCUUGGUGGCAACAACUUAAAGAAUCGAGACGGCGUGCCAAUAAAGAUCGAAUCGACUCAUGGGAACAAAUGAAGAAACAUAUGCGUAGAAGCUUUCUUCCUUUUAACUACGAGCGAACAUUGUAUAACAAGUUGCAGAACUUACGACAAGGGACACGAACUGUCGACGAUUAUGCCUCUGAUUUCUUCCAUAUGACUGCACGCAUGCCUUCCAUCGAAUCAGAAGACCAACUGAUCUCUCGUUUUAUUGGCGGUUUGCGUUCCCAAUUACAGGUAGCUCUUCAGCAAUUUAACCCAGUCUCUGUUUCAGAAGUUCAUCAACGUGCCAUAGCCAUGGAAACACAGCUUCGUUCGACAUGGUCUGCAUCUUCUGCCCGCUCCCGUUUUACUCCCCAAGCGAUUGGUGAUGCUUCUCUCGGGUCACCGUCUGAUCUCGCGCGAGGCUUACUGCUCCAAGAGACCGAUGAAUUGGAGCCACGUUUUGAUGAGUAUGAUUCUGACUCCAAGGAUGACACCAUCGAAGAAGUUAUUCAUGGAGAUACUGGUCUCAAUUUGGUUCUUCGACGCAACUGUUUGCUUCCUCGAGCUUCACAAGAGUCUUGGCUGCGAUCUACAUUGUUUCGCUCCACUUGCACUAUCAAUGGAAAAAUUUGCAAAUUAAUCAUUGAUUCUGGAAGUUGCACAAACGUGAUAGCUAAGGAUGCAGUUGUCAAACUCGGCCUCAAAACAACACCACAUCCUUCGCCUUACCCAUUAGCGUGGCUAAACAACAACACCGAGAUGCGUGUUACUCAGCAAGUGAUGGUGGCGUUUUCUAUUGGCAACUACAAAGAUAGUGUUUGUUGUGAUGUUGUUCCUAUGGACGCUUGUCACCUUCUGUUAGGACGUCCAUGGCAGUUCGAUCGUGAUGCUACUCAUAAAGGGCGUACCAACACUUACAGCUUUGUUAUGGGGGAUCGAACUAUCACGUUACUUCCCUCCAAAGAACAACCAGAGUCUUGUGUGCUUUCUCAACAUGAGUCCAUCACAAAACCCAAAGUGAGUUCUUCUCAAUCUCUUUUGCUCUUACCUAAAGCUGCUUUUGAGACAGAAUUGAAGACAUCAGACGUAGUAUGGGCAUUGAUCUCUUCUCCAACAACAAGUGAGGCUUCUCCUAGCAUACCCGAAGCUUUUCAGCCUUUAUUUGAUCAAUUUGCAGACGUCUUUCCCGAUGAUCUUCCUCGUGAAUUACCUCCACUCCGUGAUAUUCAACACCAUAUUGAUUUGGUGCCUAAUGCAGUUUUGCCGAAUCGACCGCACUACCGUAUGAGCCCACAAGAGCAUGAUGAGUUACGUCGUCAAGUUGAAGAACUUCUCCACAAAGGGCAUAUCCGAGAGAGUUUGAGCCCUACCGCUGUUCCCGCUUUGUUGAUUCCAAAGAAAGAUGGUUCUUGGAGAAUGUGUGUUGAUAGUCGUGCUAUUAACAAAAUUACGGUCCGAUAUCGUUUCCCGAUUCCUCGCUUGGAUGAUCUCUUGGACCAGAUUGGACGUGCUUCUAUCUUUACCAAACUGGAUUUAAAAAGCGGUUAUCAUCAAAUCCGUAUUCGACCUGGUGAUGAAUGGAAGACAGCGUUUAAAACCCGUGAAGGUCUCUUGAAUGGAUGGUUAUGCCGUUUGAGUCAUUUACAACACUUGGCUGAGGUCCUUCAUGUCUUGCGCCGUGAUAAGCUGUUUGCAGCUAGGAAGAAGUGUCUUUUUGGUGCGUCACAGGUUCUCUUUCUGGGCUAUAUCAUCUCCGAUAAAGGCCUCCAAGUGGAUCCUAGCAAAGUGGAAGCAAUUAAAUCUUGGCCGACUCCGCGUUCUAUCACUGAGGUGCGAAGUUUCCAUGGUUUGGCCUCUUUUUAUCGACGGUUUGUCCAUCACUUUAGUGAUAUUACUGCACCAUUAACUGAUUGCAUGAAGGGUUCUUCAUUUAAGUGGACUCCAGAAGCUGCCCUCGCCUUUGAAACUAUCAAACAGAAACUGGUUUCAGCUCAAAUUCUAGCUUUACCUGAUUUUUCUGUGGUUUUUGAGUUACACUGUGAUGCUUGCAAGCUAGGAAUUGGAGCUGUCUUAAGUCAACACGGACGUCCGGUCGCAUUCUUUAGCGAGAAGAUCGCUGGAUCUCGAGCUCGUUAUAGCACUUAUGAUGUUGAAUUCUAUGCUAUCAUUCAAGCUAUCAAACAUUGGCGUCACUAUCUCUUUCAUCAAGAGUUUAUUCUCUAUACUGAUCAUGAUGCCUUAAAACAUCUAGGCAGCCAAGAGAAGAUUUCUGCUAGACAUGCUUCAUGGAUUGCCUAUUUACAGCAAUUCACUUUCGUCAUAAAGCAUCAAUCGGGUCGUACAAAUAAAGUUGCAGAUGCUCUCAGCAGGCGUCAUACUUUACUGGCUACAUCUGCAGCUUCAGUAACAGGAUUCUCUACGUUUGCAGAGUUAUAUCCAGUUGAUCCUUUUUUUGGACCCAUUUGGAAUCUCCUGCAACAAGAACGUCAUCCUGAUUUUCUGUUACAAGAUGGAUUCAUAUUUCGUGAUACAAAGUUCUGCAUACCUUCUUGUAGUUGGCGUUUGAAGAUUAUCCAAGAGUUACAUGGAGAAGGGCACAUGGGUCGUGACAGAACUCUCCAGCUCGUAACAGAGUCAUAUUUCUGGCCGUCUGUGCGUCGAGAUGUGGCUAGAUUUGUUGAGAGAUGUGUUGUUUGCCAAUUGUCAAAGGGUACAGCUAACAAUGGAGGCUUAUACAUGCCGCUGCCGGUUCCGACGCAACCUUGGACAGAUAUAAGCAUGGAUUUUGUCUUGGGCUUACCUAGGACUCAGCGAGGACAUGAUUCUAUCUUUGUCGUAGUGGAUCGAUUCUCCAAAAUGGCACAUUUUAUUCCAUGCAAAAAGACAACAGAUGCAGUUCAAGUGGCACAAUUGUUCUUUCGCGACGUGUAUCGUAUUCACGUUUUGUGCAAAGCAGAGUUUGCGUAUAACCAUGCCGUAAACAGAAGCACUUCUUUCAGUCCUUUUCGUGUUGUCUAUGGGUUGGUUCCACGAGGUCCUAUUGAUCUUGGUGUCGUUCCUGAUGCUACUCGUGAUCAUGGACAGGCUGUUGAUUUUGUCGCUGACUUAUCAUUCAUUCAUUCUCAAGUUCAUGAGAAUCUGCAGGUCGCUUCAGCUAAGUACAAAGAAGCUGCGGAUCGUCACCGUCGUGAUGUUCAGUUUAAAGUGGGAGAUUUGGUUUGGGCCAUUUUAACCAAGGAUAGGUUUCCUCCGCGAGAAUACAACAAGCUAAAGUCACGAAAGAUUGGACCAGUGGAGGUGGUGGAGAAGAUAAAUGCCAAUGCGUACCGUCUGAAGCUUCCACCUCACGUUCGUUCUUCAAUGUCUUUAAUGUCAAACAUCUAUGUCCAUAUGUUUCUCAAGAUGAAGUUGAAGAUUCGGGGUCGAAUCUUUUCCAACCCCGGGUGA